AUGAACGUGCGACGAAUCUCACCCGAAAGCGGCAACCCGGCUUGGCCUUUCCUUUCCUUCCUCCGCCGGUCACUCCGCCUCCGCCCGCCCGGCCUGCCCGCCUCUCUCCCCUCAGCUUUUGCCAAGGCCGCGCUUUCUAGGAAAAACCGCCGCUUGCCCCCUCGCGGGCGGCUGAGGCGGCUUCUGUCUCCCCCUCCCCCAACCCCUUCUCUCCCCCUCCCUGAUUGGCCGCGGCCGUCACGUGCUCCCGGGCGCCGGCUCCGCUCCCCUCCCCCCUCCGCCCGUGGCGGCUGCGCCGGUGGCGGCUCCGGCCGGGGCGGCUGUAACCGGUUUGAGGCAGGGAGGGGAAGAGGCUGGCCAGUCGUCAGCGCCGCCGGCUUUAUCCUCGCCGAAGCCGGAGCUGGGCUGGGGAAGGAAGUCGUGUCUCGCCGUCGCCCGUGGGCAGGUCAGUCACAAAAGAUGGGGUCGCGCGUGGCUGUGGGGGCUGCUUGUGGGGAGGCGCCUACGCUUUUAUUUGCGCGUUUUCUGUGAGGAAACCUGUCUUCCUCCUCCUCCUCCUCCCACGGCUGCCCCCCCCACUUCCUGCUCCGUGUUGGUUUAAUCCACCCCCCCUCUCAACAAAAACACCGAGCUAACGGUAGGAUUCGAACUCUGCACUCGGGCGUCAAAGGUGUGCGUGGGGGGUGGAACAUGGGCCGCUGGGACUGUAUGUGAAAGCUCUCCCUUUGACAACAACCCCGUUUGGGAGGACUGGUCCUGCGUGGGGAAAGCGAUCCUGUGCCUGGAGGGUUUUUGUAUGAUCCUCUGCGGAGAUCCCCGCGUCGCAGUGGGGUUGGAUACCAGAUGGCCCCACGGAGGCCCCUUUCCUGUUGUGAACCGCCCUGGGAUCUUUGGAUGAAGGGGUGUGUGCAAAUUUAUUAAAUAGUAGUAAUAGUAAUAUCUUCCAUCUAACUGCAAUUCUGUGAUCUAAUAGUAGUAGUAGUAGUAGUAGUAGUAAUAGCAUCUUCCAAGAGUGAUUCUGUGAUCUCCUUCUUUGACAGCUGGAACUGCCCCUGCUAAUAGGGACAAUAGGCAGCUUCCUCCCGCUGAGCCUGAAACAACCAUCUUAACUCAGGGCUUAUCCAUAAUUCCCAGCUUUGCCAUGGAGAGGAUGGAAACUGAGCGUGGAACUUUCUGUAUGUGCUGCUGUUGCUGAGAUAUUUGCCCCCGCCACAAGCUAGCAAAAUGGUUAUUUUUGUAAUGUUACAUUUUCCUCUUGAUUCCUCAAGGAGGUCAGGCUGCUGACUCCCUCACCUUUUAUCUUUACAAGGGCCUUGGGAGUUGAGUCAGGUUGAGAGAUGGUGGCUGGGUCCAAGGUGACUUGUGCAGUGAGCAUUGUGGUGGAUUUGAACCCGUUUCCUCCUUGCCAGCCACUGUUCAUCUUCAUUGGGCCCAAGGAACUUCCAUAAUUCCAGUUAAGCAAGAUGGGACCUGGCUUAAGUUGUUUACUGAAUGUGCCCAUCUUCCCUUUUCUCUUUGUAGGAUGACCAAGAUGCAAGUACCUCUGCAGUUUUAACAGCUUUGUAGAUGAGAGAACUUCAGCAGGUGCAGCUUCCUGUGCAGAGAGAGGAAAUGUGCACCUGUUGAAAGCAUCUCUACUACAUGACAAUCGGAGGUGCAAAGUUCUUUCCUUCUUACUAUCUGGCAAGUCUUACUUUAAAAAAAGAGGAUAAACAGGGAAAUGAUGCCAUUGGUGUGACUAACCAAAGAGAGCCAGUGUUGUGUAGUACACUAGACUUCAGCAGAAGCAGGAGAGUGCAGUUCUACUUGUUAAAAGUUCAACAAGAGAAGCAUAUUCUGUAUUGGGCAGGGAAAAGUGAAUCCCUCUUACAGCUUUGCUUUAUUAUAAAGGUAUUUCUGUUCCGCCAUAUCAGAAAAUAUCAGGGGCAGUUCUAUAACAAAAGAACAUAGACAGAGAAUAAGGUGGCCCUUCAAGAUCUUAUUUCUCUCUGUGUUUUGCGGAGGUGGGAGAGGAACCUAACCUGUGUUUGAGCUGUACUUCUUCAGACUGCAAGUGGGAAUUCACAUGACUGAAUACUUUUCCAUGUCUAAAUAAUUUACUGCAUAUAUAUUUAUAUUACAGGCUUCAGGUUACAGACUCCGCUAACCCAGAAAUAGUACCUCGGGUUAAGAACUUUGCUUCAGGAUGAGAACAGAAAUCAUGCUCCGGCAGCGCGGCAGCAGCAGGAGGCCCCAUUAGCUAAAGUGGUGCUUCAGGUUAAGAACAGUUUCAGGAUGAAACAGGAAUGAAUUAAGUACUUAACCCGAGGUACCACUGUAUUUAUAUUUAUUCUGGCAUGUGAGGAAGAAGGCUAGGUUAGCAACCUUCUUCCUGACAUUACAACUUUGUGUGGAAAGAAUUGUUUUGGUAUGUGAGUUCACGUGAGUUCCCACCAGCAAUGUGAAAUUGUACAGCCUAGGCACAGAUUGGCCACUGCAGUGAAACCUCUAGUCUCUCCCUCUUCUUCCUCCUCAGUGGUUUUGGCGGUGUUACGCAAUAGUCCCUUUUUAUUCCACCUCUCUAGAGUUAUAUGGGACAGGUAGUUUCAUAAUGCUCCUGGUUAAUCCAGACAGUGGUCUGUCUUGCAGAGGAGGGAAAGAAGAGAGGUCUAGGUACUGGUUUGGCUUCUGUGUCCUUGUCUGCCUCUUUGGUGCAGAGUAUGUGGGAAAGAUGCCAGAUCCUCCUAAGAAGCUGUCAUGGAGCUGAGGAGAAGCCAGCCAGAGAGAAGGGCGUUAGUGAAAGGUUUUUAAUUAUUGUCUUUGCUAUUGGUCAUAGUCACACAGACUGGGGUGGCAGGAGGCAAAGAAAUGUGUUAAAGGUCUUUCUACGUUAUGUAAUGUAUGUUACGAUAGAAAAGCUGGUGCCAGCUGAUAUGGAGCAGCUGUCUAGGGAGGAAUGUGACUGUAUUAAAUAACAUUAAGCUAGCUGCAGCAUGGAUGACACACUCUUUUGAGCCGUAUAUAUCCUUAAAAAACAAACAAGCUCUUCAGAGGUGAAGGUUUUGAAGAAUAGCGGUCCUUUAAGUGGGAUGUUAUAGAUGCCUUCUGUGUACAGUAGGGAAAACUAUACUACUUUUAUAGGUAUGUAAGCCACUUUUUUAAAGAUUGAUGAUAAUGUGCACAUACAUUUGCGUUUGAUAAUAUUGUAAACUUGGCGUUAAACAGUAGACAGUCCUUGGGAUUUGCUGGUUUACCUGUGAUUCUGUUUACCUUUUUGUAUAUCUCAGUCUUAAUUGUUUUAAGCAAAAUUAAUCACAUUGGCUCAGGAUUGUGGGAUUUGAACAUAAGCUUCAGUAUAUAGACCAUGUAUUUCUUGUAUAAAAAGUACCAGAUAGACUUGAGUAACAUAGCAUAGGGUGGCUUAAAGCUUCCAGUAUGUGUCUGUUGACCUCAUCUUGUAAUUCUCUGACAAAUUUGUUAUCAACCAGUUUAUCUCUUCUCCAAAGCAAAUGAAAUACUUGCAGUGCAAUAAUAAACAAGCAUGCUAGGCAGUAAUUGUGUUGAAGUACAUUGUGAUGCAAGUUAUUUAUGUUCAUUUAUGGUAGCGAUUAAAGAAUUGUACUCUUCCACCUGUACUAUUAUGUAGCAUAGGCAAAGGGGCUCUCUGGACCCCUCUCCUGUGAUGUGAGGAGAAAUUUUGCCAGGACCCUCCCGUUCUUAAACAUCUCAACCAUUCUGCUCUGUAAGUAUGUUGGCAUGGCAAAUAGAGAGGUGCUGAGGUUCCUAAAGGAAAGUCUUUGUACCUACCUAAAGCAUCAAUGGGGAAAGAGAAGCGUCAGUAUGGAGCCUAUAUUGCAUAUUUCAAAAUAUGGUUUCUAUUAAAAAUAGUUGCUGACCAGGGUGUUAAAGCAGGAAGGUGGUUUAAUCCUAAACACACUUAGGGCUUUCUAACCUGAGGACUAAUAUCUGAAGCAGAUUUGGGUUAUUUGGGAUGAUGGUGGUGGAGAUGAAGGUGAAGUCUCAUUGGUGAAAGAGGUCUGUUCUGCUCAUAUGCCACUGGAUUUCACCCUUAGUUAAUACUUUUCUGGCUUAAGAUCUCAUACUAAGUAUGUAUUCCUCAAAGCAUAUCACUUUUGUUGUUGUUGUAGAAUACAAUUCAGCACCUCAAUUUUAUAGGGCUAUAUCUGAAAGAAACAGAAAUACUUCAUUUCAGUUUAUCAGUAGCAUUCUGCAUUGAUACCAUGCAAUUCUCCCUCCUGAACUUGAGUAGGCUGUGAUGCUGCAAUGCAGCAUCAGAACGAUAAAUACUCUGGUUGAUUUAUUUCUCUGUGAAGAAGUUGUCUUGUCAACACUUUGGGCUAUCAGCUGAGAAAUAACUUGGAUGCUGCUGUUACAAACCCUGCAGUGUACACAGAUCCUUUGACCGACGUCAUGGAAAUUAUGCAGUUCCACCGAUGGAUAUUAGUUCUACUUUAAGGAAAAUGGGUAGUAGUCAGUGCAGUCCUACUCUGAGUAGAUCCAUUGAAAUCAAUGGUCAUGGAUAACUUGGGUUCCUUAAUUUCAUUGGGUUUAUUCUUACUAGGUCUACAACCUAAUGUCAUUGGGUUUAUUCUUACUAGGUCUACAACCUAAUGUUAAGACACAGCUGCAUUAAAAAAAAAAAAACAUGCAAGAAACAUCAUUUUAAUUGAUUUCAUCCCCCCUCCUUAUUGCACAUACCAAAACAUAGCAAAACAAAACCAGUUCUGCAUUUUGGUAUGUUUCUGCCCAAAACGGAACUGCUGAGCACAGUAGCUUGUAAUUGUAUGGGCAUUUUAGAACCAUGGGGUGUGGGUGUGGGUGUGUGCGCUGCCAUUCUUUCACUUUUUGUUUUUAAGCUUCACGUUUUGUUUUUAAGAAAAUGUCAGCCACUCAAACGUUUUCUCCUCGAGAUCAAGUUAUAAAACAUUUUAAUAAGAAUGGAAAGCGAUGUUUUGAAGUCUCCCCAGGCCCAGCUGCUUCUUCCUCUCUCUUCAUCAGAAAAAGCAGCAGUGGCUUCUCCUUCCUUAAUAACUCUCCCUAAAGACUCCUGCCACUGUUCCCUGCUACACAAAGUUUGUGUGGAUAGUUGUAGUGCAGUUGUUUGAUGUCCACAGAGAGCACAUGAUCUGAAAGAAUAUCACUUCUCCAGAACGAUGCCAAAGACAGUGUGACUGCAGAAUGAAUCUCCAUGCAUCUCCACAGAUCAUGCAAAGAAAUCCAUAAAAGCACCCUCCUUGCUUUCACUGCAGGGUUUCACAGUCCUGAUAUUUACAGCAAAGUACCAAAACAAACAAACAAAAAAUUUGCUGACCCCGUUAAAUAGCAACCCGCAGAAAAAUUGUAAACAUAUGUAAAUGUGUAGUUUGACCGCUUCGGUGCCUGGACUACAGACUCAACCUAGCUUAUCUCACACAGCUGUUGUGGUGAUAAAAGUAGGAAGGGGAAGGCAAUCAACACAGUCUAGAGCUCCUGAGAGGAAAAUCGAGAUACAAAUAUACAAAACAUAUAUGCACUCAAAACAUAUUGCCUGCCUUGAUUUUAAAGAAUAUUUGCAUUAAAAUACAUGGGAAAUUUAACUGCAAGGUAAAUUGUUUUGUGGAUGUAGUUGCUGAUUCUUUUUGCAUUGUAUAUAUUUGUUUUAUGGUGACUGUAUAAAUAACAGAUCAGUGAUGACAAGCAGGCCAGUAGUGGUUGCCUGGGUGACAUGGAAAAUUGGCGGGGGCGCUCUAAUAUAUAUUUUUUCUCAUUAGAAGAAAACGUCAUUUAUUUCAAGGGAGGUACUUCUGAGUAAAACAUACCAAAACCAGCCAGUUGUGUUUUAUUCACUCCUAAGAGUAAAUAAAGUAAUGUUUGCUCCAGGAAAGUGUUUUAACAAACAUACCCCAGUACCUUCCUGCGUCCAGCUUCUCCUGCUUUAUCUGUUGCUCUUUGGUGGGGAUGGUCCACAUUCCUUCCGCUGAUGGCUUAGCAACAGUGAUUAAGUGUCCUUAGCAACGUUGCUGCCUGUUGAGUUGCGGAAGCAUUAGAGCUGCCUUCGUGUUUUGCUCUCUAACUUCCUUCAGAAAUGUCCAACUGAGUGACUUUUUUUGGGGGGGGGAGAAAAUUAAGAAUCUGGGGCUUCUGUUGGUCUUGCCCCCCCCCCCCAUCUGACCUCUUCUACGCAUCUGUCAGCAGGCCCUGCUCAGUACUGCCUCAUUUCCAGCUCCUAAUCUAUGGAAAUUCUGAUUCAGGGUCAGAAUUGUCCCCAGAUAUGGGUGGGAAUGAACAAAUUGAAAUUUAAUCCACACAUGGCAGGGUUUCUGUUGAUUGUAAGCAACCUUACAAAUAUUUGUAUUCUUUAAAGUCGGGAUAUAAAUCAGGUGGGGAAACUGAGGCCUGGAGACCAAAUGUGGCCCUUUAAGCCUCUCUGCCUGGCUCUCAUAAUUUUCCUCAGGCCAUACCCCUCACUGGCCUUUCUUCACACCUUGAAUGUUUUUCCCUGGCUUGAAUGUGUCCCUGAACUCUGAUAAUUCCUCUUGGUUGUCCGCAUGGAAGAUAGAGAAGGAUGUGUGAGUGUGUGUGGAAACUAUCCUAUUGUGCAAAGGUAAAAUUUGCAUUCUCUGCUCACAUUUGCCUCUGGCCCCACCCUCUGCUGGCAAGUGGCCCUUGGAAGACUCUCCAGAAGGGAUUGUGGCCCUCAGGUUUGUUCCCCACCCCAGUAUAACUGGAUAUAUUUAUUUUUUUAAAAAAGGUAUAAUAUUGAGAUGUAUACAGAAAUGACCUGCUCCUAAACUAGUGCUUUUUUUGCCCCCUUUUUCAAUAGGGUACAGCAGCCGUUGAACGUCAUUCACAAGCAUGUCACCUUGCCACAUUACCUUUGAAGUAAGAGGAAUACCACCACCAGGUACAAAACACUUGUAACAAGCUUUGGCUUUCUGACAUGCAAGCAUAUACAUGCAUGCUCAUGUCCCUUCUAAACUUUGGCACCAGUGUUUUUUCCAACCCACUUGUAUUCUCUUCCUCUUUAGAUAUAAUUUUUUAAAAUAAAAUUGAGUACCCUACAUACUGGGUCCUCUUCACACAGCUUCCUAGUUCUGUGUCUGCCCUCUUUUGACCUCUCUUUAUAUCUCCACCCUCCACUGCUGAGCUCUGCCAACAAAGCUGCAUUGAUCUCAUAACAACUGUACUGUCCAAGUCACCUACUUGAUCCUUUUCCCUUGCCAGGUGACAUGUUCAGAAAUAUUACAUAAUGGCCCAAGCUCACCAGGCAGCAGACAAGUUAUUGGUGUCUCAGAUAACAGUCAAUCAACUGUUUUUAGCUUAGUACACAUAACUUGUAUAAAUGCUUACAAGAUUUAUUUAAUGUAAGAAUGUGUUGCACAAAUGUUCCUACAAGGCUGACCAGCAGCUCGUACACAGCUUUGGGAUAUCAUUUCACAUCUCUCCCCCCCCCCGCUCCCCCCCCCCCGGUGGAUCCAUAUAGUGUUAUGUGUGUAUCGAGUAGUGCUGGGAAUGGUAUUUCACUGCAGUGAAGAAAUGCUUAGGUUGCCACUUUCCAGGCUCACAGUACGUACAAAUUAUCUGUUUCCUUUUCUUCAAUCCUCGCUUUGUUACUGCAGAACAGCCUGCUUUAGUGAACUAAUUGUAACUAAUUAGCAACCCCCCUCCCAAAUAAGCGUUUAAAGGUUAUCUGCUAACAGAUUGAAACAUGGGCAGGGUCUGUUCCCAGAGGGCUUUAGCACCCCUUGCUGGGCUUUCUGAGUGAGAGAAAGACUAAGAGCUGAAUGCAAAAAAGUACCGUAUUUUCCGCUCUAUAAGAUGCACCAGACCACAAGACGCACCUAGUUUUUGGAGGAGGAAAACAAGAAAAAAAAUAUUCUGAAUCUCAGAAGCCAGAACAGCAAGAGGGAUCGCUGCGCAGUGAAAGCAGCAAUCCCUCUUGCUGUUCUGGCUUCUGUGAUAGCUGUGCAGCCUGCAUUCGCUCCAUAAGACGCACACGCAUUUCCCCUUACUUUUUAGUAGGGGAAAAGUGAGUCUUAUAGAGCAAAAAAUACGGUAAUUAUGUGAAUGGAACAACUUCCAUUUGUACAACAGAGCUAUCCCUCACUCUUCUGCUGCCCAUGUCCCCUCAAAUCUCUUCCGGGGGAUUAGGAGAACCCCUGGAGCAGAUGGGGGGGGGCAUGGCAGGAGGAGAGUGAGCAGAAGUUCCACCCAUGUAGUAACUUCAUGAGAUUCAAGUCUUAGAGAUUCACCCCCCCCCCUUAGGUCUGCCUUGCCUUAUGUGUGCUUGGACAGGCACAUAAAUUCCUCUUGCUGCUUAUUUAGUUCUAUGAUUUUCAGAUAGCGUUUUGAAUAUUCUUAAAAGAAAAGCAGUUCAGAAGUUGAAUAAUUUUGAGUCUGCGCCUGUUCUUAGUGUGGGCCUGAUACGUUACAUAAUAUUGGCAAAAGUGUGUUGUGAAAACUCUUAAAUGUUCAGAAGCUUUAUUGUAUGCUUUCUAGUAUAUAUUUCUUUUUCUAGGAGAAGUUUUGGCAAUAUGUGGCAGUUGCAAUUCUCUGGGAAGUUGGGAUCCCCAAUCCGCAGUAAUCCUACAGCCGGAGGAGGAGGCUGGUGAUGUGUAAGUUUCUUUCAGUAGCACAUUUUGAAAUUCUCAACCAUGCAUGCAGGCUGGCUUGACACCAAUUAUACAGUUCAAGUGAUACUUCUUGUUCUUUACCUCAACUUCUGAGCACCUCAUUCUAGAAGACAAAUGACACUUGAGGUGGAUUAUCCCUUCUGGCUUGGUACGUCCUUCAACCCUGCUUAAGCACUUGAAUUGCUCACAUUUGUUUCAAGCGUGCCUGUAAAAAAGUACUUUCACCCACGUAACACAUUCAACUACAGUGUCCAUUGCCCCAGUUGCAUGGCCACUGGUCAAAGAUAAUGAGGGGAGUAGUCCAACAAUAUAUGGAGUGUCCAUUGGCUACCCCUGCAUACCUUCAUCAAAUGUUACCUUUUCCCCAGCCCCUUCCAGUGUGAUUCAGAAAGCUGCACAGUGAGUUCUUUGUGUGCAGUAGGCAUCUUGUUCCUUUUCUUUACCCCAGCAGUUUCCUCUUGCCUCAUGAGAAGAGACAAAUCUGAUGUAGCUUUAAGGCCUCUAAGUUCAGUUUUUUAAUACUAUCAUAGCAGUGGUUGCACUUAGGCGGGGGAAAUCCCUGGUGUCUGCUUUUCUCAAAUAUAACUGAGAACUCAGCCCUUAUUGGAUCACUGUGCUAUGAAUGAGCGCCACCCAUUUUCCACGUGCACCUAAUGGCAUGGAUGCUUUUAAAAGACAGUGGUAUCUCGGGUUAAAUACUUAAUUCAUUCUGGAGGUCUGCUCUUAACCUGAAACUGUUCUUAACCUGAAGCACCACUUUAGCUAAUGGGGCCUCCUGCUGCCGCUGCGCCGCCGGAGCGCGAUUUCUGUUCUCAUCCUGAAGCAAAGUUCUUAACCCAAGGUACUAUUCCUGGGUUAGCAGAGUCUGUAACCUGAAGCGUAUGUAACCCGAGGUACCACUGUACAUAGUGUCACUGCAGAAAUGGCCCUUUGAAACAACAUGGAAGAAAAAGUCAGAUACCUUGUAUUCUGAGGGGUGUGCGCGCACACAGGGAUUUUUAAAGCAAGUGUCAUUGUUGUACAGCCAUCCUAUAUCUUUUCUAAAAUGUUUUCAAAAACACUUUUCUGCAGCCUGCUAUGGAGAACUACAGUUCAACUUCCUAGGGGAGAUGAUAUUGAAUAUCGAUACUUUCAGGGGACCUUUUUAGAACCCCAGGUACGUAUGCCUAAAUAAGCACCAAUAUAACUUGUUGACUAACUCUUAGGGAUAAGUUCCCAGUGGUAUGGUGUUUGGAAAUAGCCCACAGUAUAGUUGGCUGUUGGAUUCAUUUUGAAUUCAAUUCUCCUGUUUUUAACUUCAGUAAAAGCUUCCUACCCAGAAAGCAGUUGUGUAUGAGACCUUGAAUUCUGUGUGGAGAGUGUGCCUGCAUAUGACCUUCUGCACAGUAUUUGCAAACCACAAAUCCCAGCUUGCGUGCUGAUCAAAAUACUUAUGUAAAACUGAUGCAUGCCGCGAUCUGCAAAUCUCAUGCUUUUCCUACCCAAGUGCUUUCUAUGUAAGAAAGAUGUAGAACGUGAAGCAUAUGAAGCUUAACUGGUGCAUUCCCAAAAAAUUCUUGUUGCUUGUAACUUGUAUUUAAAGAGUUUUAAACAUGGCACAAGCAUUUAACAUACUAGCAACAUAAGUCCAGCAGUAGAAAGUAGCUAGAUUUUGCCUAAGUAGUUUUGCAGCACACACUAGAAAUCGGCGAAGGCUUGUGGACUCAUAAGCCAGAACCCUUGCCGAAGUUAGAAUUUAUGCCUUUCUGCCCACACCCUUUUAAAUAUUGCCAAAUGUCUGGAAAGUAUGGAAGAGAAUUCAGCUACAACGUAGUGGUUUUUUUUUUUAAAAGAAAAACAAUCUGAAGUAAAUCAAGUUCCCUUGUAAUACAUGCAAACUUCACAGAACGUAUUUGGUGAGUUUGUUUCCUUUUAAGUAGGUGCUCUGUAUUGUGCACUCUGUAAGUUCCGUGUGACGCAGAGUCUUCUGUGGUAAGUAUGAAUUUUAUGGAAUAGCAGAGUAGAGACAUAUGAAAAGAGCCCAUAUUGAUGGACACUGUGAGCCUCGAUAUUGGCAGAAGUGUGCAUUUUUAUUGUGGGGUGGUUAUUCUAGCAUAAAGAACGUAUUGUUCCCAUGUGAGGAUAUAAUACAGUGAAGCUGAAAGCAGGAGCGAUACUAAGAACACAAAGUAGAAUGUGGCGACUGACUGUAACAUAAGUAAACGUAACAUUAAAUGCUCCUGUGUAUUGAAUUAAUAAUCAGUGCUUUCAUUAAAUGGCUCUUUCUGUUGCAUUUUUCCCAUUUCUAGUCAUUUCACUUAGCCCUGAUUGGUUUUAAUGACUGGAAUGUAUUGUAGUCAUUAUUAUUAUUUGUUCAAUUUAUAUACCACCCUUUAUCCAAAGAUCCCUUCAACAUUAAAAAUACAUUGCAAAACAUUCACAUUUUAUUAUAAGUUGAGAAACUGCCUACAGUUAGACUAAGGCUGAGAUAAGAGCCAGAUGAAGGGGUUUUUAUGCACAGAAAUGUGUCAAGUGUCAUGAACCAGGAAAUAAAACAGACUUUCUGGUUGCAGUCUUAAUGCUUAUAGGGCAAGUUAACAGGUUCACUAUUUUUUACAUAAACUUUUAAACACAAGGGUGAUAAAUCUCUGAUUUUACCAUGAUGUUGUGACUAACACCUUAGAAGGUGAAUCACAAAUUUGUUGUUGAUAGAAGUGCAUUUAGAAUACUAAAUAUAUGUUAACGAUGUCUUAGACCAUGACAAAAAUACCUGUCAAGAUUGAAUAUGUAAACCUAAACUUGGUUCAUAAUUUGAGUAGUCCAAGUGGCAUUUUUCUGCUAACAUGUGUAAUGUAUGACUCCAUCUUACUUUCAAAUAUAUGAGAUAAUUGACAUGAUGCUUCUUUAAAUAUUAUUGCCAAGGAGACUGACUUGUUUUCUGUUACUGCUGUUAAACUCCUCAUUAAGUUGUCUUGGACUAAUUUGAAUCGGGGCAGAUGACAGCUAUGUAGUCAGUUGUUAUUAUUGGGAACAGUUACAGUUCCCUAACUUCCCAGUUGUAAAAAUAGUUCACGUUGCUUAGAUGCUUGUGGAAGCUUGGUUGGACAGAAAGCUAUCAAGAUGAUUUCUUGAAUCUAGAGCAGUAUUUGUCAGCUUUUUCCCCCAACUCCCUUAGUUCCUCACUAUUGGCAAAACCGACGGGAUUAUGGGAGGUUUAGUCCAACAACAUCGGGGGACACAAGAGUGAUCUAUAGUAGCUUGAGAGACAGCAGUUCACUCUCAUCGGGCCCCCUCCUUUGCUUUAGAAAUAAAAUUACACUAAGAGUUUGGAUUUGAUAUCCCGCUUUAUCACUACCCGAAGGAGUCUCAAAGCAGCUAACAUUCUCCUUUCCCUUCCUCCCCCACAACAAACACUCUGUGAGGUGAGUGAGGCUGAGAGACUUCAGAGAAGUGUGACUGGCCCAAGGUCACCCAGCAGCUGCAUGUGGAGGAGUGGAGACACGAACCCAGUUCCCCAGAUUACAAGUCUACCGCUCUUAACCACUAGCUGGCACCUUGUUGGCUCUCUAGGAAGCCCUUUUCCUUUUUAUAUAAUGCUUUCCUUAGAAACAUUAAGCAAAUAUUUUUCUAUACCCCAUCCCGCACUUCUUGUGUAUUAUCUUGAUUUAUUUGUGCUUGCGGGAAGGGAGAUCCUUACGCUUUCUUAGAAAAUUACCUGACCCUGGUAACUCAAAAGUUACUGUUUCUGUUGUUAAUCAUCUAUUUCUAGAAGUGUCUUACAAAAACCCCACCCACCCACUCUGCUAGCAGCCAUAGAGACUGGCUAGAAAAAAUAAGUCUAUCCAGUCUGAAACUGCUUGCACAACUUUUUUCCAAUAAAUUUCAUUUGGGUUGCAUAUGCCAUCCCUUCUGAUUUAGCUACUGAAUAGUACAAUGUCCACAAAAGAUAAUACUGCCUUAUAAGUUAAAAGCAUAUUGCUUUUUCAGAUGAUUAAUUUUAUUUGGUGCAUGUUGUAUGACCAUAGAUCCAGUUGUACAAACAUUUAAUUUAAUAAACUACAUGGGCUUAAUGGCUCAAAGACACAAACUAAUCUCCCUGUGGAACACCCUCCCAUCAAGGAGAUAAAUAACUAUACAACUUUUCGAAGACAGCCCUGUAUCAGGAAGUUUUUAAAGUCUGGUUUUUUUAUAUGCAUUGGAAACCACCCGGAGUGGGUGGGGUAUAAUAAAAUAAUAAUACUAAUAAUUGUUAUAUUUUGAACUUGUAAAACCUCAGCAGAUUUUGCAUGCAUGACUCUGUUGUUCCCAGUAUCUGAAGUGAGAACAAGUGGUCUUGGGUCUUUGUGAAUUAUGCUGUGCUUUUGAUUUUAAAAUAUAUGAUUCUUAAAUAGAUUUUUAAUCUAAAACGUAGGAGGGUCAGCUCUACAGCUGAAUAAUGGCAAUAACUGUAGGCGGAAACACAAUUCUGUGCUUUGUACUUGGAAGGAAGGGCAGAAUCCAGUGUUGUGUGAAUGGAUUUCCACUUAUGCAAUGGGAUUUCAGCUUCCUCUCCUCCCCUUGCAGUCCCCCUCACACCCUCAGGAUCGGCUCUGGAGGGCUUGGGAAUCCUCUGGAGCAGAUAUUGGGGGUAUUUGGGACUGCAGGAGGAUGGAGAUAAAUUAAAAGGCGUAUGUCUGCCUGCAUGUGAACAGCAUUAGAUAUAACCCUUCAUCUCACUAUUUUUAGUGGGGCUUACUCCCUAGAAAAUGUGUUUAGAGUUGCAGUCUUAGGUUUUUAAAUAAAUCUUUGCUAAUUCAAGUAGAUUCUUUAGGAGUACUGUAUUCUGUGAAUGCAUACACUUGGGUUGGAAGAAGAAAGAGUUCUCAAAACUUAGUAAUGUGUACAACUUGUUUACAGUCUAUCUGGAUUCUGGGCAGUUCCUAUUUUAUAUGUGUUGAGACAUAGACAUCUCAAGAAGUUUCAUUACUAUUUUCAGGGGGGCACGGGGCUCAUUUUUGAUGCCAGCUAAGAAAUUGCAUCAUGUGAAAACAAGCAUGCUGUGGUUGGCUUCUGAUGCCACACUUAUCCAUCCUGUGGGUUACUUUUUGUCAGUGGUGGGGAGCCCUCAGCCUGUGGGCCUAAUCAGGCCCGCCAGUCCUCCCCAUUUGGCUCACAAGUCCAUUUUGUCCAAACUGUGCCCCCCUGUACUAUACCAUAGAUUGGCGGGGGGGGGGCUCAGCCAAAAGGGGGUUUGCAGACACCCCCAAUCAGCUGCAAACCAGGCUUUAUAGAUCAGCUAAGAACCCUCAAAAUGGCAAAUUUUGCACACUCAACUCCUAAAUAGAAAUUUCAGCUGAUCAGGCUGAAAGAGACACAUUAAUGAUUCUUUUUUCCUACCUAGCCCUCUGCCUUGUUCAUUUCUGAGUUAUACACAUUCUCUAUCCCCUUAAUCAAAAAUAUACAAAAAAACACACAACAACCCAGGAAUAUGUGUGUGUGUUUAAGGAACUUUAUUAUUGGCAUUCAUUUUGAAAUUCAGGCCUCUUGUUUUCACUGUGCUCAAAGCAAUGGGUUGGAUCCAAAUAGCUGCUAAUUCUCUUCCUCAGACAAUUGCACAGGGGUUCAUACAGGGUUGUACUACACGGCUUAUGAUGCAGUUCUUAUACUUGUGAAAACUCUUCUAUACAAGCAGGAAAUUUUCACAUAUUUGGCACAGUAGCACAAAGCAGCCCUUCUUUGAACCGAAGACUCCUUCCGCAUGUGGAAAGGGAGCCUUAGAUCCCCAUUGUUUCCUACGCUGGUUCAGUGGUGGUGGGGUGUUGUAUCUGCAUAUAAGUGCAGAAGAUUUGGGGCUAUGGUAUACUGUGCAGAUUUUGUGCUCUGUGUCAUACAACUUCUGUGUCUGACGCACUAUAGAAAGCAAUAACAAUUAGUUAAGCGCCCAAAUUGGUUAGCAUGCGUUUGCAAUUUUUUGUGACUAGUUAUACCCAUACGACCGUUCCAAAAUUGGCAUGUUAGCAUGUAUGAUGAUUGCAACUAUACUGGAAAACCCUACACUUGUCAGAAUUUGUCACCGCUUAGGCUAGCUCACAUAGCCAUCUGGACCUGUGGAGUGGGGUCUGUGCAUGGGAUUGUAUCCACUGACUUAGAUCCUGACCCACAUGUUCAGUCUAGCCUCCAAGCAGGACUGACUCAUGCAGGCUCUGUUCAGAGAUUAGGCUGAAUGCAUAGAUGAAGGGGAAAUGGGAGGAUAGACUAAGGGGCUGCCAUUGCAAUCCCGCCCCCCACCCCCCUUCAGUAUACGAUGGCAGUGUGAUUUGAAUGGGGUUUUUUGUCAUAGGGUGAUGAGAUGCGUCUUAAUGACAUCAAUGAUUAUGGUAUACAUGGUGUGAAUUAAACUUAAAGCUUUGCGCUUCAAAGGUGGUAUAAGUAAACUACGCUCACAAAGGAUUGUAAAUGGCAUCACUGGUUAAAAGAUAAAUAAAUCGGGAUUUAACGAAAAUUAUUGCAGACAUUUAACUUUUAAAUUACAGAAAACCGGUGGUCCAUGCCAAGUCAUAAUUCACAAGUGGGAGACUCAUCUACCACCACGAUCAAUAACCCCAUUAGGUAUGGGCAUGAACUGCAUCUCUUUUGAGGCAUAUGCAUAAGAUUACUAAUACUUUGCAAAACGGUUUAGUGGAAUUGAUAAUAUUUUGUAGGAUUAAGAUUGAGACCACUGCUACAAAGGCACCAUUUUUAGCACAGCACGAGCAUUUAAAGUGUUUGUGAACAAAAUAGUGUGGAUUUGAAAUGUAAAUUCCAUUUGUGCCUUCUUCUAUUUAGGGGUCCACAGAUUUUGGCUGUCUGCUAGGGAGGAUGAGCUGCCUCCUGAUUUCACAUUGGGCUUUGGAGGUGUGACAUGGAUGAGCCCCAUUCCUCCUCCCAAGGGCUCAUAGCAGCUGAUGUGCUGCUCUUUGAAGAUCCUCUGCACUGAGGCUUGCCAUGCUCACUAGACAGAGGAGGAAUUUGUGAACCCCCGGAGUCUUCAUUAAAAGAAGGAGACAGGACAUUUUAAAAUGAGCGUUAUUGACAAUAGUCACUGCGCUUGGAGAUUAAGCGCUCAUGAUUAUGUUUUGUUUUGUUCUUUACAGACCAUUUCUCUGUGGUGGAAACCAUAAAUUGACUGUGGCUAACAUUAAGUCAGAGUGCCAGUUGUUUUCGUAAGAGAGAUUAUUUUUGCCUUGGAGGUUUUCUGAAACAUUAUUAUAAGCAUGUUCAUGAAUACAAUAGGACAUAAUAUAAGUACAGCGGAACCUCGGUUUUCAAGUGUCUCGGAAGCCGAACGUUUCGGUUUUUGAACGCCGAAAACCCGGAAGUAAAUGCUUCCGUUUUUGAACGCUUUUCGGAAGUCUGAUGGCUUCCACUGAGUUUUUUUCAAUUUUCUCUAUUGACUUUGCAGGCCGCCCUUUGUGCCUCCUUUGUCAAACAUUUUGGAAGUCGAACAGUCUCCUGUUCGACAACUGAGGUUCCACUGUACAGGAUACAUAAUGUAGAUAUUUUUUCUGCUCAUUUGAGAUAAACAGUACAAAAGGCAACAUGUGGUCUAAAUUAAUGUUCUUCCUCCUGAAGGUGGUUCAAUAAGGUGAUUGUUGUUAUAUACUGUCUUCUCUGGAGCAGGUGUACCUGAAAAGAUUGCAGUUGGCUGAUUUUGUUUCAUUCAUUUAAAAAAAAAAUAAAAAAUUGAAUGGAAAUGUGUCCACCUAAAUAGCAUUAUAGUCGUACCUUGGUUUUUGAACAGCUUAGUUCUUGAACUUUUUGGCUCCUGAACACCGCAACCCCAAAAGUGACUGUUCUGGUUUGCAAACUAUUUUUGGAAGCCGAAUGUCCGACGGGGCGUCCGUUGCUUCCAAUUGGCUGCAGGAAGUUCCUGCAGCCAAUCAGAAGCCGCACUUUGGUUUCCAAACGUUUUGGAAGUCAAAUGGACUUCGGGAACGGAUUCCGCUCAACUUCCAAGGUACGACUGUAUUUGAAAGUGAAGUCCAUACUCUUAGUUUAUGGGCUUCAAAGGAAUGAUCUUAGGUUUUCCUUCUAAGACUGCAGUCCUUUGCAUGGUUGCCUAGGAACAAAUCUAACUGAAUUUAGGGUGACUUUAUUCUGAACAGAUGUGCACACCAAGCCUUAGCUCAUUUACAGUGCAAUCCUAUUGGGAGUGCUGCCUUAGGCAACCUAAGACCCAAUAACCUCAUUAGAGAGAAAUUACAUUGCUUUGAAAACGUUCUGCUGGUGGCUGUUCUCAAUUUUUAACUAAGUAGUCCCUCUGACCUUGAAGGAGAUUAGUCACACAAAAGUUUGAGGUCCUCACGGGAUUAUUUCAAACUGAUUUUUUUUCCUCUGUAUGGCCAAAAAAGCCCCCAACUCUUUUGCUACAGGUGAAAGGUCAGACCUAAUAUAAAUAGCGCCUGAAAAUGAACAUGGGUAAAACUGAGCUUUUGAUAUUAGAUGGUUACACUUCAGCUUUAAACUCUGAAUAAUUCUGUUUAUUGAUGAGUUUAUUCCAUGUCUAAAGCUUUUCAUCUUUUACCUUUCUGUAGCAUGGAUUGAAGGUGAAACUUUGACUAUUGUUUCUAGCAAAGGGAAGAAAAUAAGCAUUUUUAAUUGUAAACUCAGAAGAUUUAUAUCUGAACUCUUGGUUGCUUAGCAGAUAGUUUAAUGUCUAUCACAUUAAUAACAUAGCAUUAUCUUUCUAGUAUAAUAGCAAUUAGGACUAUAUAUUGUCGAGAUAAUGCAAUAUCCUUUUUCCAGUUUACAUAGCUCAUUUUGAAGUAAGUACUGUACAUCAUUGCUAAGUUUGCCUGGAGAUAAUGUUACCAAGAAAACAAAGCUUAGAGGUAUCUUGCAGGUUGCAGUAAACUUGCUGCUGCUUUGUCUUUCUUUUAAAAUGUUUUAGUUUAUAGCAGUUAACGGUGAAGUGCAAAAGUAGAACCAUUACUGAUAACAUGGUCCUCCACAUGCCAACUUGGAUCAAAGUCUCAUAAAGUUCAGUACGACUUACUCCCAAAUAAGUAUGUGUAGGACUGAGGCUUAAAGUCGCAAUAAUUUGUAGCCUGUGAAUGUGAACUUCUCUCACUGUUUGUUCCUUCAUUUUUAGAGGACACUUCCAUUGAUGACGGACACUUCGGAAUUGUUGGUAAGAAGCACUGUUAUCGUAGUUUUGUUUUUAUGUAGGAGUUUUGUAAGCUGCCUUGUGUAGAAAGAGCGCCUUCAAAUGUGAAUUAAAAGCCAUUUAAAAUAAAUGAUAGUAAAUUUCCUCUCCCUGGUGCACAACAUGUUCAAGGUUGAUUUUGGAAACUCAAAUGCGAUUUGGUGGAUUUCCACACAGUAGGAGGGUUUGCCUGGAACACUAAAGCCAAUCUGUUUUGAGCCCAAGCAAAGCCUCUGUUAUGAGCACUCCUAUUUCAUUUUGCUAGCAGGAGUCAUAAAUCAGGUUUCAGUUUUUCUUUUGCUGAUUCCUGGCUUGUUAUGUACUCACCAGGAAUAGUUCUUUAAAAUAAACUUUGGCAUAUUGAACAAGACUGUUUCAUAACUCACAGUUUGAAGUUGACCUGGUUUGAGUUUACAGUUUUUUAAGCCACUUUUCCUCUUACAGACAUAGUGAUUUGCCAGGAUUUGAUGAAAAUCUAAACUGAAUCCUAGUUUAUUCCUCCUCCUGGUCUGUGGGGGGAGGAGUGGGGAAUGCACAAGCCCUGGGCUUUUGCAGACUUACUUCUGCUCAUGCAGAAAACUUAUCCAUAGUUUUAGAAGCAUGUAAACAUAGUGAAAAUGGUCAUGCUGGCAAACCGUUUACUGUUAUUAGGGUCAUUCCAGUCUUGGCCUCAAAUUUUUGUACCUAUUCUAGUUUCAACAGCAGCAACUAGCUUGUGAUGGCACAUCCCUUUUGGGAACUGGGAUAUUGGGACAGUAGUGCUUUGGUAACAACUUUAAGAAGUCUUUUUGGUGUCGUUCUGGAAUGUAGCAAAAUCAUUUUGUAAUUAUUAUUUUUUUCCUUUGUCAGAUGAUGUGGAAAGUGUCGAUUCCGGUUGGCUGACAUGUCAGACAGAAAUAAGGCUACGCCUCCAUUUUUCUGAAAAGCCUCCUGUAUCUAUAACUAAGAGAAAAUUCAAAAAAUCCAGGUUUAGGUAUGAUCAUGCUAAUCAAAGUUCUCCAUUUGUUAUUGACACUAAACCCCAUCUUUAGCAUAUGAAUACUACUGGAUUAUCCAUCUAUAUUGACAUAGUGAAAAAACUUGAGUUCCUUUCCCAGUCCAUUUUCUAAAUUCAGAAACUCCUUUCCCCCUACAUAGCUUCUGGCUUAAUUGUGGUUAUUUCUCAGUCUUUUAUAAUCAGCAUUGAGUUUCUUCACUGCCAUUGCUUUUGGGAAACUAAAAAUAAAAAUCUGUACAGUUUGUAGUACAUAUGCAGCCUCCUUUUAGGAAUUUAUUCCUUCAUCCCCCGCACAUCCCCCCCAAGACACUCAAAUUAUUGGUACGCUGGAGUCCUUAAGUAGAAAAAAAAUGCUGUAUUUAUAGUGCCUUAAGUUCAUUGUGUUACCAAAAGCAUAAUUCAUUAUUCUGUCACUAUUGAUGUCACUGAAGAUUUGUUACAUAAUGUGACAUCAGAUUUUGCUUUCUCCUUACUGCUUAGGGUGAAGCUCACCCUUGAAGGCUUGGAGGAGGAGGGUGAAGAUGAAGAGGAUGAUAGACUGUCACCUACAAUUCAACAAAAAAUGCCAAACACGCUGGAGAUCUCACUAAUAAGUGACACUGAGUUCAAAUCUCGUCAUUCUCAGCCAGAAUGUGGUUAUGGUCUGCAGCCUGAUAGAUGGACAGAAUAUACUAUUCAGACCAUGGAACCGGACAAUUUGGAAUUAAUCUUUGACUUUUUUGAGGUGAGGGCUUAGCUAUUUGUUUAAUAUUGGUGGCCAGAAAGCCUUUUUAUACCUCUAUCCUAUUGGUACAAUUUAUAGAUAGGAAAGUGGAAGGCGGGGAAGAACUUCACAGAACGAGGAAUGUUUUAGACCUCUUGGCAUCAAUGUAUUGGGCUUGUGCAAUUCAUCCACUACUAUAUUAUUCUCCUGAUUAUCUGAGGACUUAUGAAACCAACCAGGUUGCAUCCAGUGACCGCAUGAGCAACCUUGCAGAGCUCACGUUCCAAGUAUCUACUCGCUGUUUUCAUUCACACAAUUUAGCCUUCUCAGUCAUAAUGUAACUGUAAAAGGGUACAUCUGAAUACAUGAGUAAAUUCACAAAACCUUCAGACUCAUUUUGCAGAACAAAUAACGGUGCUUGACUGUAGGCUGCAACCCACUGAAUGUUGCAAGUUCUGCAUCCUCACGUUUCCAGGAAUUUAAAAGAAGUGCCGAGAUGAAUUCACAGCAAUACAGUGGUACCUCUAGUUACGGACCUGAUCCAUUCCGGGGUGCCAUUUGCACCCCGAAAAGUCUGUAACUAGAGCGCCGUUUCUGCGCAUGCACACGGCACAAUAGAACGCUUCUGCACAUGUGUGAAGCAUGCAGAACACGUCUUGCACAUGCGGCAAAACCCGGAAGUAUACACUUCCGGGUUUGCCACGUUCGCAGGCCGAAAAGAUGCAACAUGAACCUAACGCAACACGUGGUAUGACUGUAAAAUUAAAUAUGUAAACAUUGUUGCGUUUUUAGGAAGACCUUAGCGAAGCAGUGAUUCAAGGAGACGCACUUCCAGGGCACGUGGGCUCUGCGUGUCUGUUAUCCUCCACUCUUGCAGAAUCGGGAAAGAGCUGUGGCAUUCUCACUCUUCCUAUUAUGAGCAGACUUUCACGAAAAACAAUUGGAAAAGUUAGAGGUAUGCUUAAUAUAGUGGUAAUGCAAGCAUGAGCCUUAAGCUAAAUACAUUUCCCUUUUUGCCUUCAGAAAUUUUUAGUCCAGAAAAACUGGUGCUUUUCAACCAGAACUAGUAGAUUAUGUCAGGGGCCUAGUGAAACGAUAAUAAGGAAUAUAUUCAAAAUGUACCUUUUGGUUCUCCAUUAGAUACUUUUACCAUAUCCCAGUAAAUCUUAAGUGAUGUUUCUCUAAACCUAGUGAAGAGAGAAAAGAUUUCAUUGGAUAAAAGUAAAGAAUUUGACCACCAAGUGACAUUUGCUUUCUCUUUUUAGUCGACUACAUAAUUAUUAAGCCAAUUCAAGGGUACUCCUGUGAUGUGAAAGCCUCAUAUGCCAAAUACUGGCGUGACAGAACAGGGUUAGAUGUUGGACACAGGGGCGCAGGAAACUCUACAACCACCACCAAGUAAGUAUGUGUAAUUGAAUUUGGAGUUUUAAUUUUAGUAGCUCCCCUAGUGUGAAUCCUGUGAACCUCUAGCAGACUUCAGCUCAGGGAAGGAGGUUUUCCUCUUCCUUGGGAUAGCCCUGGCGGAUCAAGGUUGCAAGGCGCUGCAUGUACAAUGAAAACUCAAAUUAAGAAGCUAUAAAAUUGCUUGCCCAUCAUUUGUGAAUUUUUUCCCCCAACAUCAGAAAUAAGUAAAACUUUUUUCCUUUUUCCUCUUCCCAGGCUUGCUAAACUUCGAGAAAAUACCAUUGCUUCUUUGAAAAAUGCUGCUAAACAUGUAUGUGUGUGAUUUUACCUUGAUUCUUUUUUUGCAUGUUAACACCUAUGGCUGUCUAUUAUCAAUGAGCAAAGACUGAACCUUGUAGAAAAUACAUAAUCUUUUAUUCAUUUAUUCAUUCAGUGAUCAUAUAUGCUGCCUUUCAGGGCAAAGUCCUCCCAAGGGCACUUGCAAAAGAUCACAAAUUCCAUAGAAAGACAGGAAAAAGUAUCUCCAUAUACUAGCAGAGGCUUGCAGGUGGAGCUGUACCCAGGAUGGGCGCCAGGGUGCUGCUUCCUGUCCCCCUGAUGACCUCAGCAAUGACAGCUGUUAGCAUUUCCAGUUAUUAGAAAAGGCGAGCCUAAAAACCAAGGAACUGAAUUGUGCUCAGUUUAAAUCUAAGGCAUCUUGUUGAAGGAGAGCUAUAGCACAUAAUCCACAAGAGUCCAUCAUAAUUCCAAGACUCACUUUUCCCAGUCACUUUUUUCCUUCUCCAGGCCAUGGCUAUAUUCAAUGUCUGCUCACAGAAUAGAUCCUCAUUUUUCCCCUUUAAAGUUAUGAGCAAGUAACUCUGGGUAAAACAUACCCUGAUACACAUUAGAGAACUUAUACUUUUCACUAUAAGAAGGCUUAAUGUUAGAAGCUCUUUAGAUGCUUGUUCCUCCCCGCCCCCCAAAAAAGAAUAAAAAUAAAAGAUCAGUCAGUUUUCUAUCCUAUCACAUUUAUCCUGCACAUACAAAUAAAAUCAGAAUGAACACUAUAAAAUGAAAUAUAAAUCGUUGCAUAAAACCAUGCUUCUCAUAAAACUCACAUUUUAUAUAAAAAUGAUGUUGCUGUGCUUGGAAUUAAAACAUGUCAAUCUCCUCAAAUAGAGUUUUAGUUCCUUUCUAGACUUCCUCUAUAAAUUGCUACAGAAUGCCAGCCAACACUCUAUUGUGUCUUUUCACAGUUGGUGGAAAUGUGUGUGCGUAUUUGUCUUUUUUAUAUAUAUUAGCCUUUCAUAUGCUAAAAUCUAUUUGCUGUCCUCUCCUCCAACCUUUCUUUUCACUUAGGGAGCAGCCUUUGUGGAAUUUGAUGUACACCUUUCCAAGGAUCACGUCCCUAUCAUAUAUCAUGAUCUUACUUGCUGUAUUGCUAUGAAAAAGGUAUUUUUAAAUGUGUUGUUUGUUUUACUUGGCUAGCAUUUUUGAAAUGGGCAGUAAAAUGGCUUUAUUUCAAGAGACUUGGAUUGGUGGUAAUGUAAUGAAAGUAACUGCUUAUUGUGCUUUUGCAAGAUUUCAUCUUGACUUCCUUUAGAAGUUCAUGAAAUGAGGUGAAAAAUAUGCUAUCUUCUUGUUCAUGCUGUGAUUCACAGACUUGUGUGUGCUGCUGACCACAAAUCCUAUAUCUCUAUACACAUUGAUUUAGUGGACUAGAAUUACAGGAUUGAAUUAGUUUAGUUAUUUCCCCCCUCUCAAUGGGAGGAUAAAGUGUAAGGUUGCUUUGAAUUAAGAACGGUAGUUUAAAAAAAAAUUCCUUAUAAUAAUAAUAAAAGUAAAAUUUUAUUUAUAUCCCGCCCUCCCCAGCCGAAGCCAGGCUCAGAGUGGCUAACAACAGUAAAAAUAACACAGUUUACAUAAAAUCACAAUCAAUUCAUUGAAAUACAUUCUAAAAUCAAUUCAUUCUAAAAUCAGUUCGGAGUCAAAUUAAUGGCAACCAUUGGGCUAGAGUUGUAUGAGGAUUACAGAAGGAGGGGGUCAGACUGUGCCUUGGCCAAAGGCCUGGUGGAACAGCUCUGUCUUACAGGCCCUGCGGAAAGAUGUCAAGUCCCACAGGGCCCUAGUCUCUUGUGACAGAGCGUUCCACCAGAUCAGGGCCAUGGCCGAAAAAGCCCUGGCUCUGGUUGAGGCCAGCCUAACCUCCCUGUGACCCGGGAUCUCCAAGAUGUUUUUAUUUGAAGACCGUAAGGUCCUCCGUGGGACAUACCAGGAGAGGCGGUCUUUUCUGUUAUAAUAAAAUGUGACAACUACUAGUUUCAAGCUUCAUGCAUUAUUGCAUUAUGCUCAUAUUUAGUAGUAACUAAAUAUUUUCAGUAACUGCAUACUCACCUUCAAGGAAUAGUCCAAAAAACUAAGGGCAAUUUAUUUGCAGGAAACUGUUGUUUAUCUGAUGGGCAGAGAUUCAAAUAAUGGUUUUAGACAUUAUUAUUAAAGUAAUGUGUCUGACCUGAAACAGGGAACCAGGGGAAAAAUAUAUGGUGUUCUGAAAUAGGUUGAGCACUGUCUUGCAUAUGAAGUUUGCAAUGUGAAGAUGAUGUCCACAUUCAGAUAUCAUAGUUUAGCAUGGACAUGAACAAGCUGGAAUGAGCUGCGCUAAACCUCAGGCUCCCCUGCUUCCUCUUGCCUCUCCCAUAUGGCUAUAAGGUCUUCAGAAAUGUUCACUUUUCCUUAGCUGUGAUUGUUCUUUCAUCUGAACUGCCCAAUUAUGUUUAAUAUGAACUACGGUUUAUUUCAGGCAAACAUACAAAGGAGGGGAGUGCCUAAGCCCAAAACUCAUCUAGGCUCCUUUACAUCAUUCUAAACUAUGGUUUAGUAUGACGUCCAGUAGUGGCUUCAGCCACUGUCCCAGUUUUUCCCGUGAUGUUUAUUCCAAGUAUUUUAAUAUAACACGAAACAAAGGAAACUGGGAUCUUUUUAUCAAACAAAGGUAUUUGGGAUUAUUAGUUUUUAGACUUGUAGCUUGCUAGCUGAGUUAAACUUAAUGGAUCAAAGAGCUUUAAAAGCAGUGAGUACAGCCUUAGAAGAACUCACACUAUCCGGUAGCUUUCUAACUUAAUCUUUUUCUUCUUAUUCCUUAUUUGCUUAAAAGAAAGAUGAAUCUGAGCCGGUGGAACUGUUCGAGAUUCCCGUAAAAGAGCUCACAUACGCCCAACUGCAGUUAUUAAAGGUAUUGUACCAGGCUGGCCCAUGAGGCCAGUAAAUUGUUUUUACUUAACAUUUCUGUCCUAUCCAACAUAGGCCAUCAAGGCAGCUCGUAAUUUUAAUAAAUGGAUAAAACACACCAAUUCCAGAACUGAACCAAUAAGCACAGUUAAUUGCAGUAAUGUGAAAUUACAGAAGUAGCUGCAGCUUUCCACUUACUGGAUUGGCCUGAUCCAAAUACUGGAGAAACAGUAGUUUAAACUGCCUUCCUUAAAACUUAGAUGGAAUCUGGCGUGCAGCUGGCAUGCCUCCUUUUGGAAAGGGGCUCAACAAAGUGGAAAUGACCCUGCUCCUCAUGGCAACCACUUUUUAAAAUAUGUACGUGUGUGUGUAUAUAUAGGCAUAGAAAGCAGUGCCUGUCCAAAUGAUAGCAAUAUGCAAGGGGAGCUAAGACUCUAGCCAAGUACCAACACCUUGAACAGAGCCCAGAAAACCACCGGUAAUGCGUGAAGCCCGUUCAAGGUAGAUGUCAUAACUUCCUUUUGGCUGCUUGCAGCUGGAAGUUAAGCACUGAUGCUUUCAGCCAGCUGCAGUUUUCAAACCACGAUUCAGAACAGGCCUCUGAAAGCAUAUUACUGAUUAAACCAGGAAGUAACAAAUGUGUGUGUGACUGCAGACAGCUCUCUGUUACCAGGGACAGGACAUAGUUAUAGGAAGAAGCAUUGAGAACAUUUUAAAAUGUUGUUGUUACUUCCCACACAAGGGUUACAGAAGGCUCAAACUCGUGUUCGACCUCAGUGAUUUGAAGCAUUGUCUAUAUUCUCUUUGUUCCAGAGAAUGGUCUUUGCCAUGGAAUACUGCCUUUGGAAUAGGCUCUUCUAUUUAUGCUAAGCAUUAAGGCCUCAUAAGAAGAGCCCUCCUGGAUCAGAGCAAAGAUCCAUCUAGCCCAGCCUCCCAUGGAAUGGGAAUCUUAAGGAAAGAUCAAAAUGGUUGCCGAUGUAGACUUGUUUUAUCCAGAAUAAUAUAGAUGCAUACCAAGUGCUUCUCACAAUAGCCUUAACAUGACUUCAUACUCCUCUUUGGCUACUAACCUUCAUUAUCUGCUGCAAAAAUGCUCUAAUACAUUUCGUAUUAAAACGGCAGUAUCAAAAGGUGUGGGGCAUUUGCGAAGCGAUUGAAAACAUUCCGUGCAGUUCUGCUUCUUCCACAGAGGGAAUGAAACAGCAUCAGUUCUGCCAUGGUCUGGCUGCACUCAGCUCACCUAUCCCCCUCUACUGCCGGUUCUAAAAAAGUGCUAGAGUCCUAUUUGCUAGGCCCAAAAGGGGGAAACAUUUGGAACUGCAAAUUCCUCUUGACAGGGGCUCAAAAGCUCCAGAAACUCAUGAUACUGUAUAAUACAUCCCUCAGCAAAAACCUCAGCAUCAUAAACUACUGCUUUGGGGUGGGGUGGCAGGUUGCUGGGUAAGAUUUUGCUAGUCCUUGGAGGCAAAAAAAGUUAUGUUGCUUAGUUUUUUCUUAAGAAACAGUUGCUCCUAGAGACCCAGCAACAGAAUCCUGUUUCUCUGUGUUUAUUAAGCCCUGGGUUGCUGGAGCCUCACACAACUGCCAGCAGCUGAAUGUGACCUAGUGCAACUUAAAUAAAAUAAAAUAAAAGUAUCCCCAGGCAUCAUGAAUUGUCUAUCAAACUAUCUGAAUUCCCAAGACGACCAAAUAGGAACACGCCUUCCUUCUUGCUGUAGACUGCACUCAGCAUUAUUUUGAGGCCAUUGCAGAGACACUGUUCAGGAAAUGUGUGGGCAGUACUUGAAAGAUAGCUUCUAAAAGCGUUUCGUGUUUUCCUCCUUGUAGCUGUUACACGUGACUGCAUUGAAAUCCAAAGAUAGCGAAGGUACGUAGAAGCACCGAAAAAAUUGGUAAUUCUCAGCUGUUCUUCCAUUCAUAACCAACAUCUUGGCUGGUUAAUAUUUCAACAGUUGUAUCUGGAGUUUUUGUAGAAUGAAGUAUCUCCUCCCAGUACUUUGGAAGAGCUGUGCAGACAUUUAUUGAUCUGUUGAAUGAGAACAAUAGCUCACACUACUUAAGUCUGAGAUGCGGCAGUUAUAUUCUAUUGGCCUGGUAGAGCUUCACUCAAGUCUGCUUUACUGCUAAGCUGACUGCAUUGCCGCAACCUUUUAUCUUGGCAACAAGUUAGUUAAUAUUGGGCCAGCGAAGUAGUACAACUGCUUUUAGUGAAGUGUAGAAUUUAGAUAAUGUGUCUCCUGGGUUGGCAAGGCCAUUUAGAACAGUGUUAUGGUACGGAGGGAGAGGGGGAUGAUUGGUUCUUUGCAUAAGCACCCAGGGCUUAUUGACAUAUCUUAACUGCUUCCUGCUCUUCAGAAUGGACAGAAGAGAGACAGAGCAAAUAGGAGAUGGGCAAAGUGAGGGCAUCUCUCUCUUGGUAGCAGGAAGCUGUUUGAAGUGUCACAGCAGGUUUUCCUUUUGCCUUCUCCUUUGGCAGCCAUGCCUUUGUAAGGACGAGCUAGGCUUGCCAGUAGACUGCAGUGCAGCUUUGAGCAGUUUUCUAUCCUAUCACAUUUAUCCUGCACAUACAAAUAAAAUCAGAAUGAACACUAUAAAAUGAAAUAUAAAUCGUUACAUAAAACCAUGCUUCUCAUAAAACUCACAUUUUAUAUAAAAAUGAUGUUGCUGUGCUUGGAAUUAAAACAUGUCAAUCUCCUCAAAUAGAGUUUUAGUUCCUUUCUAGACUUCCUCUAUAAAUUGCUACAGAAUGCCAGCCAACACUCUGUUGUUGCUGCCCCAUUUGCGCAACAGACUUCGGCUCAUGCAACAGGAUGUCCUCUUCCUCUCCUACCUACCCCAGUACCCUCUCCCUGUGUCUCCCCAAAUCUGCUCUGGAUGGUCCCCAACCCUCGAGGGGACCGUAGGGGGAGGAAAAGAUGGGAAAGCCUCGUUUUUACUUAAGACUUUUGCUUAAGACUUCUCUUCAAGGCUUCUUUUAUACAAUUUUCCUGCAGAAUCAUUUAAAGAAGACAAAAAUGCUCCUUCUGACACGCAGCCAUUCCCCUCCUUACAAAGUGUAAGUACAGCAAUCAUUUGUUCCCCCUAGGUUUAUUGUAAGCUAAAAUUUAGAAUGAUAAUGAGUGAUAAUUGAAGCAGAACCUAAUCCAGUGGAGGCUUGCAUUGACAGAAUGGAAAGGGGGGUGGUUUUUUAAUGCCAAUUCCCCCUCCCCUUCUGGUUAAGCACUGUUCCUCCCCAACCACAAGCCAUAACCAAGGUUGAUUCUUCGUUUACCACUCAUGGUUUGUUUGGAGAGACAAACCAAGAGCCCAGGUUUGCUUGUUACAGUAACUGGCAGGUAGUGCAUCAGCAGUGGGAGGAGGAAAGCAGCUGCAGUUUUCGCUCUCGGUGCCCGCACACUUCUUCCAACAAGGCAUGGUUUGAUUUAGCGUUAUGUGCCAACGAGGUCCUUGUCAUGGAUGCCAUUGAUAAGCUAAACUGAUAUCUGCAUGUCUUUGCUUCAGGAUCUGUUUCUUGGUCAGGGUUUAGUGUCACAGAAACGAAAUCCAGGAAGUGUCUGUGUUGAUGCAGAUUAUUAGAAUAACAUGUUCUAGACUGCUAAUGUGGUUACCAUUUGCAAGGGAAAUCCUAUACAGUGGUACCUCAGGUUAAGUACUUAAUUCGUUCCAGAGGUCCGUUCUUAACCUGAAACUGUUCUUAACCUGAAGCACCACUUUAGCUAAUGGGGCCUCCUGCUGCUGCCGCACCGCCGGAGCACGAUUUCUGUUCUCAUCCUGGAGCAAAGUUCUCAACCCGGGGUACUAUUUCUGGGUUAGUGGAGUCUGUAACCUGAAGCGUAUGUAACCUGAAGCGUAUGUAACCCGAGGUACCACUGUAGUCUUCUGGAAUUCAAUUUCUAUAGGCUCUACAGAGCCAUUUUGAUUUCAGACAUAAAAGGUGAGGGAAAUCACUCUUAAAUUUAGCAUUUUAGCACAAUUUUUCCUGACCUUUAUCACUUUUCCACCCAGGUACUAGAAACCAUUCCUGAAGAAGUGGGCUUUAAUAUAGAAAUCAAAUGGAUCUGCCAGCAAAGGGUAAGAAAGUCCACUAACAAUACAUCUUAAACAUAGUAGCUUGCUGUUUCAUUGUAGUGUUUAAAUUAUAGAAACUGAUUUGGUUAAAUAGUACAUUUCUGCUUCUUUUUUCCUUUGAUUCCCCAAUGGUUAAAGUGAGUGAACGCCGUUUCUAAAUUUAGCAUUGUUUUCUAGCUCUGGAAUCUGUGGUUCACAUGUCUAAUUCUAAGGAACAGUUACUGAAAAUAGAGGCACUCUGUUGGUUCCAUCUAACCCAGCCUGUUGUUGGAAGUAGGAACCACCCACCAGUCCCCACAGAUCGGUAGAGACAAAUGUAAUGAUGGCCGAAAUCAGACGCACUGCAGAAGAAUGCCAGGGAAACAUGGUUCUGGGUGACUAAAGCAAAAGAGCAAAGUGAGCUUCCUGCAGGAGAAGUUAAUUAAAACCAAAUCCUACAGGGUGAAAUAAUGGUGCCUUUGUGCAAGCAGAACCGGCUUUCCCUUGUGCUCCCCUUCUUCAGCCUCCCUCCACAUGUCCCCCCAAGUCACAUCCACAAGGUUGAGGAUGCUCCAGAUGAGGCUGGGGGUCAUGCAGGAGGUUCCAGGACAGAGAAGAGGAAGGGGAGGAGACAAUGGACAAAUGGAAGUCCGCUCAUAAAACGUUGCUGCUUUUACCCACAAUCUUUAACCUGUUUGCUGGGUAGGAGGGGAUUUCCUUCCUAACACCAAAUAUGAUCAACAGUCCAAUCAUGACUGUGAUCUAAGCUGAUGCUCCGGUAAACUGAAUAUAUUUGUUGGAUGUUUUAACUCCAUGCCAGCAUAGCAUGAGCUUCCCAAAAGAAUUAUCGGCUACUUUCUCAUGCGGUAUAAAGAGUUUUUGCUGCAACAUUAAUUUAUUAGGUGGUUAAAAAUUGUAUUUUUGUGACCAACAUAAUACAGUUCAUGACUGAUUUAUAAGAUUUUAAGUGGAGGUCAGGAAUGAUAGAUGACAAUUCUUCUGUACUAAGCAGGCAUCCCUGUUUUGGAAAGCUUUUAACUUUGGGUGUUUGGUGGGUUCCUUUAUACUUUAUACUGUUGGAAGUCGCCCAGAGUGACUGGGGCAACCCAGUCAGAUGGGCAGGAUACAAUGAAAUUAUUGUUAUUAUUGUUUUGUUAUUAAGUGAACCAGAAUAGAGUAACUUGCCUUUUGUGUAUCAAAGGUACAGCUUAAUCUUCACCCAUAUCAACGGAUGUUCAUGAACUUUCAAGUUAAAUAACCAAAAGUGUCUGGCUUCUCUCCCCCCUCCCCUCUCAAUUUCCAGGAUGGUUUAUGGGAUGGCAAUCUUUCAACCUACUUUGACAUGAACCUCUAUCUAGACAUACUUUUGAAAACUGUUCUGCUCAAGGCUGGACAUAGGAGGAUUAUAUUUUCUUCAUUUGAUGCCGAUAUAUGUACAAUGUGAGUUGAUGGAAAUACUUGAUAACAUUUUAGAGAGAUGUAUUUUUAACUUGGGGCAUCUUUAUAUAACAUAAUAUGUACUCGCAGAAGAAGGUUCAUUUUCAUGUUUAACUAAGAAAAUGUGAAUUAUUCUCUCAUAUCAGUGGUGGGGAAGCUGUGGCUUCCUAGGUGCUAAGACAAAAGGCAUAAACUUUUAUGCUCAAACAGGGCUUGUAAUUUAAAAUGAAGGCACAGGCUCUUCAGUGGGACCUCGGGUUAAGUACUUACUUCAUUCCGGAGGUCAGUUCUUAACUUGAAACUGUUCUUAACCUGAAGCACCACUUUAGCUAAUGGGGCCUCCGGCUGCUGCCACGCCACCAGAGCACGAUUUCUGUUCUCAUCCUGAAGCAAAGUUCUUAACCCAAGGUAAUAUUUCUGGGUUAGUGGAGUCUGUAACCUGAAGCGUAUGUAACCCGAGGUACCACUGUAAAUUCUUCCUGUCUAAUAGGAUCAUGAUGGUGUGAUAAAGCGCUUAAGGGGUAUGGGUCUGAGACUAAACCACCCUAAAAGGCCUGGUAAUUAUACGCCUUACGGAUAUAACAAAGGAGGGUGAAAAUUACCAUUCAGCUGAAGCAGUACUUCUGGGUAAAUUUUAGGCAGGAGCCUUGAGGAACGAUUCCUCAAUUUAGCAGGUGAUAUUCCAGAGAGGCAAAGGACAUCACAGGAUUAGGUUUUGGAGAAGAACAGACCUGCCUGAGCCCUGGCCUACUUCUGGGUAAUGGCAGACAAGCCGUUAAUAUGUCUUUUAUGACCAGAGCGGGGUCUCACUCUGCUGAUAAAGGCUACCUGUGUCAAAAGUAAUCGAAAUUCAUUUAUUUUCGUAACAGCGGGAACAUGGCACUUGCAGCAGGUGCACAGCUGAAUGUCAUCUUUUUCAAAGUUUUCAAAAAAAAAAAGGCUUUGCUUACAUUGCAUCACAUUAGAAUGCAAUCAUCUGAUGACAGUGGAAGCAAACAAACUACGUGUCUAAACUAGUUGUAUACAAUCACUGAAGUCAUUUGAAUAAGCAAAUGGUUUUCAUCCAAUCUACUGUAAUAUUUUUUGUGUGAGCUUUUUUAAAAGUAGGGUUCGUGCUUUGGAAAGAAGAAAAUGGUAGGGCAGGUGUUUUUGUAGCUUGUCUUUGCUUUUCUAAGUAGAUAGAUAGAUACAGAUAUUCUAUUUAAACUCUAUAACCAUUUUCAUAUUGCAUAUUUAAAGUUCUACUUAAGAAUGCAUAGUUAUUCAAAAAUGUUGGCUUUAUAUUUUGCAAGUCAAGUAAAUUAGUUACAGUAUAUUGGUGAUUCCUGGUCCGAUUCAGGGAUUUUUCCUGUCCAACUUGUAACUUAGUUCAAACCUUUUUUUACAGGGUCAGACACAAACAAAAUAAAUAUCCCAUAUUGUUUCUAACUCAAGGAAAAUGUGAUACUUACCCAGAACUUAUGGAUCUCAGGAGCCGCACAACGGCUAUUGCCACAAGUUUUGCACAGUUUGAAAAUCUGCUGGUAGGUCAUAAAGCAUCUAGACAAUUAUAUGUGGCAACUACCUUUGAAAUGAGGAUUGUCCUUUAGCUAUAAUUGUCUUUUCUACAAAUACCAAGACCUCAAUGUAUUUUAACAUAGUUGUAUAAUACUCAACAUGCCUAACAACUUGAAAGAUUAAUCCUUGCACUGCUAACACCUCAGCUAUAUAUGGGUAAUAUAUCAUUUUUUCUUUUUCAGGGGAUUAAUGCACACACAGAGGAGUUGCUGCUCAGUCCAUCUUUUGUUGCCGAAGCCAGGUCUAAAGGCUUAGUUGUUUUCUGCUGGGGUGACAAAACAAAUGAGCUGGAGAACAGGAAGAAAUUGAGGGAAUAUGGAGUUCAUGGUCUGGUAUAUGACAGGUAUCACAGUAUUUUAACUAUUGAAUAUGAUCAGUAAUGAGUUUAUAGAUGUAUUCAGAUGGCUGCCAUGAUAGCAGGUGAAUCUUGGAAUCAAGGGCUUUUAAAACCUUGUCUCAAAUAGGCAAACACGUUUGCGUACCUGACCCUCUUUGUACCAUUUUAAUGGUAGUAGUAGUUUCUGUGUGAUAUACUCAAAGCUUGCCCUAGAACAAUAUGCAUGUUCAAUGUACCUUGAAUUCUUUUGAAAAUAGAAAAUAAGUAUCAAUAUACAAAAUACACCUUUUUCAAUAUUGAUAUCACUUUGGUGAUACACAUCUUGAAUGCAAAGUUUGUUAAGUGGAGUAUACCACCUUUUCCCAGUUGGCUGUAAUUUAAGCAGCUUGUAAUAAUUAUUAUUAUUAUUAUUAUUAUUAUUAUUAUUAUUAUUAUUUUAUUUAUACCCCGCCCAUCUGGCUGGGUUUCCCCAGCCACUCUGGGUGGCUUCCAACAGAACACUAAAAUAUAAUAACCUAUUAAACAUUAAAAGCUUCCCUAAACAGGGCAGCCUUCAAAUGUCUUUUAAAGAUCUGGUAGUUAUUUUUCUCUUUGACAUCUGGUGGGAGGGCGUUCCACAGGGUGGGCGCCACUACCGAAAAGACCCUCUGCCUGGUUCCCUGUAACUUGGCUUCUCGCAGUGAGGGAACUACCAGAAGGCCCUCGGCACUGGACCUCAGUGUCCAGGCAGAACGAUGGGGGUGGAGACGCUCCUUCAGGUAUACUGGACCGAGGCCAUUUAGGGCUUUAAAGGUCAGCACCAACACUUUGAAUUGUGCUUGGAAAUGUACUAGGAGCCAAUGUAGGUCUUUCAAGACUGGUGUUAUGUGGUCUCGACUCUUCUCUGCUUAAUUUGCAUUUUCCAAUAACUCCUCAUGUUCUCCUUUUUGAUCAGCGUCUUUGGUUUUGUUAUGGAUUGUCUCUUACCAAUAACGUACAAACACCAAUAACAUGUACAAACACCUACAUACAAACAUGUAUGUAGAUCAGCAUUAAAUUGCUCGGGUAGCUAGGCAAUGUAAAAUCUUUCCUGAGGGGAGCACAUCUGCUGCUUCUGUGGGCUCCCAGGUACUGUACUGAUAUAAAAAAUGUAAAACCAGCAUGGGAGAGAAAGUCCUUAGUCUUUACUAUCCUUUAGUCAUCAGCACAAGUCGAAUAAUAUGCCGCAUGUCCCAAAGAGCAACAGGAACAGUUGUUGAUAUUCUGCAAUCUGACACCUUUUAGCACAAAAUCUUUUAUUUUUACUCUAAAUCAACCUUUCCCCUGCUAGAUGGCAUCCUUAGAGACUGGGUGGGGGUGGAUUCUAAGUUCUUCUGACCCCUUCCUUAAGCACAGCUGAGUGGUUGAGAACUUUAAAUUAACUUCCCUAAAGCCCAGACGACACCAGAAUCUUACAAGACUACAUGAACUAUCCUUGGAACUCAAGUGACUGUUUGUCCAUGCUGCCUUUAGAAAUCAAGAAAUCAAAUUAUUGGCAGUGAAUGCUUCCAGUUGAACCCUUUUUUCAUUCUUCGUGGCUUUCAUAUUUAUCCCUUUCUAUUUUGUAUCGUGAAAAUGUGACAGUGUGGUCUAGUGUAUAAGAUCAGUUUUGAGGCUUGGACCAUAAACAUUAUUCUGACAUCAAGGAAUUUUUGUUUCUGGUUUCCCUAAUUUCAUUCCCUGGAUAGCUGAAAACCAUUUUCGCAGAGCAUUACUAAUCAUUCUGUUAACAUGGCUGCACAACAGAGAAGCGCCUGGACAUUCCUGUUUAUCUUGUGAAGGGUGGUUUCAAGGAACUGUGGUUUGAGAAUAGAGGGUUUGGGUUAUCCAUUAAAUAACGCCCCCAGAUUUGGUGAGGGAAUGCAAUAGCUACUAAAACUUUGGGAUAGGUGGCUGCUCCAAACUAUAUUUUAGAUGUAAAGCUAACUUUAAAAUAAAAACUGAAUACUGUUUUACGACCGCUCAUUUAAAUGGCUUCAGAAAUUUGGUCACCUAGAGCAUGCCUUAUAGGUGGAGACUGAACAAUCUUUUUCAGGAAACCCUAGAUACAGUAGCAAGGGACUUAAUUCGUAUUCAGCCUAAAGCUAUUUGGCACAUUUCAAGAUUUAAUUUCUUGCUUCUUUAUAUGGUCAAACAAUCAUGAAUUCACCAAGCUUGGAAUCUGUAGGUGGAAGUGCCUGUUCUCAGAACCAGCACCGGAAGCUAUGGAGGCAACCGGGGUGGGGUGGGGAGGGGUUAAUUCAGCUUCCUUUCUGCACCUGCCAAACAUUGUCCACAGAGUUCUGGCCUUUGAGGCCUUUAAUGGAAGGCUAGGGUUAUCGGUCAUGUUACGAAUGUCUGAUGGGACUCUGAAUCAGACAUUGGAUCCACUACCUAUGCAAAUCCCCCAGGUACCUGUCUCCCAGACACAAAGCAAAAAUUCUAGGUGUGCUGUAUUCAAGAGUAGACCCUCUAAAUAGGAGAGUAACUCGUCCCUGACACCUGGAUUCCUUUUCCUCUAGACACUCACCAGAUCCUCAGCUUACAAAUGAUGUGACAGGUUUGUACUUGCUGACCAGAUUUUUUUUGUUUUGUUUUUAAGAAAAGUACAUAACUCCACAAUGCUUUCUCUUUACUUUAAAAACAAAAAUUGAACGCUCUGAUUCUGUAGCAAUGUAUGCACUAUGUUCCUUGCAGACUUCGCAUUCAUUGAAAGGUUGAAAUUGUUGUAUGGCAUGGCAUGCAAAUAGUAAGCAAUGCCUGUAUCUUGUGCCAAUGCAUGCAUCAGAACUAUUGGGUGGAUUUCUAACAUGGUGAUUUCUAACACCCAGGAAAGCCACUCCAUAACUUUGCUAGCAGGGUUGCCUCAAAGCUUUCACUUGGUGACAUGUCAGAUGCUGAGCACCCUACUUCUAGAACUAUCACUGGAUGAAAUAUUUGAGCACACAGGGAUAUAAAAGCAAAUUUCAUCAAAGUCUUAAAACAUUGGUAUAAAACUUUUUGGGGUGAAGACUUCAGUUGUGCUGGGGCAUAUCUGCUCUUGUGUAUAUAAGACGUUGAGUGUGCCUUUGGUAUAGGUUGGCUUUGCAUUCAUUCCUUUCUCGUUGUAUGUCUGCCUUAGGAUUUAUGACUGGAUGCCUGAACAACCAAAUAUAUUCCAGACCGAGCAGCUAGAGCGGUUGAAGCAGGAGGUACCAGAGCUCAAAAGUUGCCUCUGUCCCACCGUGAGCCACUUUAGUUCUCUAGGUCUAUGUAAGUGUAGUAAUAGCACCAUACAAGCAAGGAUGUCUGAAAGUUCAAGCAGUUUUUAG